CCUUGCCUGGGGUCCGGGGGGAGAAGGCGGCAAGCAGCGCAUGGAGGGAAGGCGCCCGGGAACCGGAGCGGGCGCGGAAGCUGUGGGCCCGAGUCUGAUUUUAGGUUCUAUUCUGCUAUCCUAAGGGAAAUGGCAAGAGUCAGGACCCGUUCAGAGUUUUCUGAUCCCACAAUGUGACAACUUCUGUAUGUUUUCCAGACUGAAAUGGAAAUAACUGCUUUCAGAGCAUCUCCUGUUGAUACCAUCACAAAUGUCUUCCUUAAGCGGGAAAGUGCAGACUGUUUUGGGCCUUGUGGAGCCAAGCCAACUGGGCCGCACCCUGACCCAUGAACAUUUGACAAUGACCUUUGAUUGCUCUUACUGUCCACCUCCUCCAUGCCAUGAAGCAAUCUCUAAGGAACCGAUCAUGAUGAAAAAUUUAUUUUGGAUUCAAAAUAACCCUUAUUCCCAUAAAGAGAACCUUCAGUUGAACCAGGAGACUGAAGCCAUAAAGGAGGAAUUGUUGUAUUUUAAAGCUAAGGGUGGAGGAGCUUUGGUAGAGAACACAACCGCUGGGAUUAGCAGAGACGUGCAGACGUUGAAGUGGCUUGCAGAACAGACUGGAGUCCACAUCAUAGCUGGAGCUGGGUUUUAUGUGGAUGCAACUCACUCUGCAGAGACCAGAGCCAUGUCAGUGGAACAGCUUACUGAUGUCCUUAUUAAUGAAAUUCUCCAUGGAGCUGAUGGAACCAGUAUCAAGUGUGGCGUUAUUGGAGAAAUUGGUUGCUCCUGGCCUUUGACAGAGAGUGAAAGAAAAGUUCUGCAGGCAACAGCUCAUGCACAGGCUCAGCUUGGCUGUCCUGUUACCAUUCAUCCUGGACGGAAUUCAAGUGCACCAUUUCAGAUUAUCCGAGUAUUGCAAGAAGCUGGAGCAGACAUCUCCAAAACAGUUAUGGGCCACCUUGAUAGGUCUCUACUCGAUAAGAAGGAGCUAAUGGAGUUUGCUCAACUUGGCUGCUACUUGGAAUAUGAUCUCUUUGGUACUGAAUUUCUUAAUUACCAAUUCAAUCCAGAUAUUGAUAUGCCCAAUGAUAACAAAAGAAUAAGAAGGGUGCGUCUCCUGGUGGAGGAGGGCUACGAAGAUCGAAUUCUGAUGGCACAUGACAUACACACGAAGCAUCGACUGAUGAAGUAUGGAGGUCACGGCUAUUCUCACAUACUCACCAACAUCGUUCCUAAAAUGUUACUUAGAGGUAUAACUCAGCGUGCACUUGAUAAGAUACUGAUAGAAAACCCUAAGCAAUGGCUAACUUUCAAAUAGGAUGGUUAUAUAUGAAUUUACAACUUGAGUAUCAAACUUGCAGAUAACAUUCUGUGAUUUCAAAUCUGCUGUGAGAUAUUAGCCAGAGCUACAUAGGACUAAUGACUGAUCAUUUCCUUCUUAUAAGAAAGAGAAGUUUGCCUUUUCUGAAACUGGCCAACUAUUACAUUUUCACCUCUGGGGAGUUACUGAUCCUAACAGAGCCCUGUUGUUUUGCUUUAACAAUAUAAAUACAGGAUUAUGUAUUUCAAAACAAUGAUUUAAAGUCUAUAUCCUUUAACUGGGGUCUUUGGUUUUUUUCCUAAUCUAUCAAUUGCACUACUUGAGAAAAUUUAAAGUGUUUCUAGUUAAAUUGCCCCCUUAUGGAGCAAUCUAAUGUUUCUUGUAAUAUUGAUGAUCCUACUAAUUAUCCUGCUGUUCUUUAAUUAAUGCUUAAUGAAUAAUAUGGCAAUUUAAAAUCACUUUUGCAGUAAGGGAAAUUAAAUUUUGAGACUUUUUCAAAGACUACUGUAAUAUAAUUACCAAAUCACAACAAUAAAAAUAUUUUGGAAAGUUAAUUAUAUGCCAUCUACCUACCUAUAUAUAUAUCCACAAUAAAUCAGUUUUGAUGCCUUUUGCUUUCUGGUAUCCAUUGCUUUCUGUAAAUUUUGUUGUGUUUUGCAAGGUUUGUAUAGAAACAUAUAAUAGUACUGAUUUAUAAAAAUUCAAUCAUUAAAGUCAAAAUAUAUUACAUAAUAUAGUUUAAUGAAUCAUUACAUUUAUAAUAACAAAGGCCACAAUUUAAUUAAUUCAUAAGUUAUAAUGCAAAAAAAGAGAAAUGUUUGCCAUAUAUAUAUAUGUAUAUAUAUAUUCCCUUUAUUUCCUUUUUCUUUUUUUAUUUGUCCUCGGGCCUCAACAGAGAAAACAAUGCUUAUUUAUCUGAAGAAAAGGUCAAAUUUGUUGAAAAUGACAGUCUGAUUCUUAAGCCUACUCUUUAAAAGGUAUCCAGCCCUGAUAGUGUGUAUAAAUAAACCUUUUUUAAAACUGUUAGUUAAAACUUUUAAUUGAUGAGCACUGUUGUUCAUAAAUUAAUCAUUUGAAUCCUCACUAUGCAAUUUGGUACCUAAAACACAUCUCCAAACUUUCACUACCAAUUCCUCUUUGAUAAAUAUAUAUUGUUAAAUGGAAAGAAAAACUAUUAAUUCAUUUGUGAGCUAUCUUACAUAUCAGAAAGGCCAAAUAGAAUUAGUCAUUAUUCUUGAUGA